GUCAGACAUUGCGGUCGAAACCUCCCACUCCUAUUUUGGCGGCUGUGCGGUAAACAUGGCGGAAAAUUUGAAAGAUUGCAGCGUGCCCUGCAAGGUGUCCUGGGAUGAGCUGGAAGCCCUGUGUCGCCGAGAGAGGCUCCACUGUAAACAGCUUGGGGUGAACAGAGCCAACGUCAACGACUAUGAGGUGGAAUUCCUCUGUGACUACAAGAAGAUUAAGGAGGAAGAGUUCUAUCUGGUAAAGUGGAGGGGUUUCCCAGAGUCCGAUAACACGUGGGAACCCAAGAGGAACCUCAAAUGCCCCAAACUAAUGAAGCAGUUUCACCUGGACCUGGAUCAGGAGCUCAGGCGCCACAAAAGACGCUGCAUCCCCAAAAAGCUGGAUAAAGAAGUUGCCUCAUUCCUGGUCCGGAAAGCUAAACUCCGUCAGAGUCUGCAGCGAUGGGAGGCCCAUUUGAACCAGACUCGCAACCACCCAGGUCGCAUUUUUGUCAUUAACGAAGUGGACUUUGAGGGCCCCCCAAAAGACUUCACCUACAUCAACAACUACAAAGUGGGCAUGGGCAUCGUGUUAAAUGAGAUGGCUGUGGGUUGUGAGUGUAAGAACUGUUCAGAGGAGCCGGUGAAUGGUUGCUGCCCUGGGGCCUCCCUGCACCGCAUGGCCUACAAUGACAGGGGGCAGGUCAGGAUCCGCCCGGGGAAACCCAUAUAUGAGUGUAAUUCCAGAUGCAUCUGUGGCUCCGAUUGUCCCAACAGAGUGGUGCAGAAAGGCAUCCAGUUUGACCUGUGCAUCUUUAAGACAGAGAACGGCCGGGGAUGGGGCGUCCGCACUUUGCAACGUAUCAAGAAGAACACAUUCGUCAUGGAGUACGUGGGAGAGAUCAUCACAACAGAUGAAGCAGAGAGGAGGGGUCACGUGUACGACCGCCAAGGCUCCACGUACCUGUUUGACCUGGACUAUGUGGAGGACGUGUAUACAGUGGAUGCAGCUCACCAAGGCAACAUCUCCCACUUUGUCAACCACAGUUGUAACCCCAACCUGCAGGUAUUUAAUGUUUUCAUCAACAACAUUGAUGAGAGGCUCCCAAGAAUUGCUUUAUUUUCAACACGGGCUAUCCGGGCAGGAGAGGAGCUCACCUUUGACUACAAGAUGCAAAUUGAUCCAGUGGACACAGAAAGCACCAAAAUGGACUCAAGUUUCAGUCUAGCGGGGCUCCCCAGCUCUCCAAAGAAGAGGAUUCGAGUGGAGUGUCGAUGUGGAUCAGACUCAUGCCGAAAGUACUUGUUCUGACAAGGGACUGCUGGGAAUUCAACACCCUCAUCUGUGUAAAGAUGUGGAAAACUGUACAGAUUUGUAUAUGAAUUUUAUUUUUUUUAUGAAAGCUAAAAUUCUCGUGGGUGUUUUUUUAUAUGUGAACAUGACAAAUUCUCCCAAGAUGAGAAUCACAAUUCAGAGUUUCAAAUCUGAUUAACUUCAACAGAAUGUAGAACUUCUUGACUUCCAGUGAAUCAUUCUUUGAGUACUUAAUUCCAAUGAUUUUAAAUGAUCUUUCUCCGUCCACUUUAAAUGGCAUAGAUAAAAUAGAUGAGUGAGCAUGUAUAUUAGUCCAUACAGAGUGCAACACAAGACAACAGCCAUUUACUUUUUGAGUAAAACAUUUUUUGUGGUUGCGUCUUCUGUGCUCUAAAAACGUAGUCCGCAAAAACAUGACCGCUACAUGCCCAUGCCUUUUCAUCACUGUAAAAUGAUAAUUCUGGUUUAUUACAGCUUGGGUUUUAGUUUUUCUCAUCACAUUUGCCAGUGACAGUAUUGUAACCACAAGUAGCUGAGAUCUGGGAACAUCACUAAAAAGAAGUCUGAUGGGCCAAGUAACACAAACUGGUUGGGACCUUCAUGUUGGCCAGCUUUCAAAAUAAAAUUUAGACGACUAAUGCAUACAAAAUAUGACAUAAGCUAUACAGUAUGUACAUAUACACCAAUUAGCCAUAACAUAAUGACCACUGACAGGUAGCGGGGACAGGGUCAUGGGGGGCCAAGGCUCAUUGAUGCACGUGGGGAGUGAAGGCUGGCCUGUGUGGUCCGAUCCAACAGACGAGCUGCUGUAGCUCAAACUGCUGAAACAGUUAAUGCUGGUUCUGAUAGAAAGGGGUCAGAACACACAGUGCAGAGCAGUCUGUUGGUGUGGGGCUGCAGUGUAUUAACCCAUGUAUCUGAGGGUCACAUAGUAUGGCCAAACCACCCUUUGGCUGCCAAUCUAAACACACUGAGAUUAACAUGUUAUCACCAAAAAAGACAAUCCAUCAAACAAACAGAUACCCUAACAGUAUCCAAACAAAUGUCCAUGUUGGCCAACUUUAUUUAGGUCUGACUGGUGAACUUUGACAGAAUGGAAUUACUGUAGUUUAAAUACAGUGGAUGAAAUGAACUGUUGGUUUUGUUUCCAACCUGUCCUAUUGCCUGACUGCUCGUAUUUCAUGUCCUCUUGGGAUUCUUUUGCAGUGUUCCCACAUCUCAACCACUAAUGUGGUGAGUGCAAAGCUGAUAGAAGUGAUUCAAAAGUCUAAAAUUACAGUUGUAAUUAACUGGAACGAAAUCAACACCAAUAUUGUUGUAGCACCAAGUGUCAGUGCUUGAACUUGCUCACACAAAUCGAACAGGCCAUAGUUUGUAGACAUGAGCUUACCUGUGUGCACCACAUACAUGCUGUUAUCCUGCUUGUUGCAAAUGUUGCCAUUUGUUCUGUUGGCAGAGACUCCUGUUCUUCUGAACUUAACUGUCCAAGACCAAAUGUGUUAUUUUUUCUGCUCUGAUUGAGAUGUAGUUCAAUAUGUAAUUUUUUUUAAUGCUAUUUGUUUGUUUUACCUUCAGUGUUGUCACUUGUGUUUCACUGUGCUCCUGAUGCUCAGUUAAUUUAACAGUGCAUGAUGGUUGAGGUCAGUACACUUAAAAAAAAGAAACUGGUUUGUUCAUUGUGUUGUCCAACUACCAAGUAAAAAGCAUUACUAGCUAUUCUGAAUGUCCACACUGGAAGGUGAGGUGCUGUCAUAUUUCCCUCCUGGCUGCAUCCCACUGCCUUUCUGAUCUCUCUCCAUGAACUGUUAGUACAUAUUUGAAAGUCUGCUGUUAGAUCCAUUUGUACAAUUCAUCUAAUCAAGAUCAUGGACAGUGUCUUCCUGGUUGAUCACAUGUAAAGUAGCACAGAUGUAAGUGUUGAUUGUUGAAAAAGCCUUCCUCCAAGAGGGGGUUUCAGAUGAGGCAAGCACUUUGUUUGAAUCACACUGAGGUCUUUUGUCUUCAACACAUCUGCAUGUCAGUCUGAUCAUUUGUGACCAGCUUUCAACAACAGAUCAAUACGUAGCAUGUCUCACAGGUGUCCCCAAGACAUGGCUUACUAUGCAAUAAACUGGAAUGUGCAGACAAACUACAGGGAGGGAGUAACUCUCAGCUCAGCCAAUAAUGUGUUUCUGUGUGUUUGUGCGCUUCCUUUCAACAGCCCUACCGAUGAUGGAAGGUUCUGGAUAUAUUUUACACCUGGCUACUUAUUUAGUGUUAUUAUGGGGAAACUUUAGGGGUUAAAGGCUAAGUUCAUCCAGAAGACGAUGCAUAUUUUUCUACUUUCUUGAGGGAUUUUUUCAUUAUGGUGAACUGACCCUUUAAUGGUGAAGUAUGGAGAUACUGCAAUUGCUUGUUCAGUUAAAGUUCCUUGUGACUGUACAGUAUGUGUUUUGUGAUUAAAUAGCUGAUUAUUUUACGCUGUAUAUUUAAACAUUUUAGUUGUAGUUGUAGUUUCAGUGUGACUUGCUUAUAGGUGAAGAACAAAAAUAAUGUAAAUAAAUUCUUAUAAAGUUUU